AUGACUGGUGACAAGUACUUCUUGUAUAUGGUGGUGAUUGAUCUUGAAUACAGCGUGAGGGUAGCUACAAACACCAAUAUCUCAAUUUUCACCCUUUUACACAUCAUUUUGUUGGAUUUUUUGGGUUUUCAUAUAUUACUGAACUGUUCUCGUUCUCCCGGGCUGGGUACGGCCCUGUUCCUGAAGAUGGUCAUAAACACAGAUCCGGAGCAAGCAAAUAGAGCGAAGUUGAACGGCGAACUUACUAUGGCAGUAGUGAGCUGUGGAAGCGAUUAUCAGGAUCAACACCUGAUGCACUCCCAAAGCUCCUAA